AUGGACAGUCAACAAUUGAUGGCUACGGCCAUCCUGGUAAUUGUGAUCAUCGGUUGUUUGGGUAACAUUCUCUCCUUUACUCUUUUCUCUCGGCCGCACAUGAGGGCAUCGUCGGUAAACGUGCUCUUGUGCGCGCUCUCAUUCGUCGAUUUCACAAUGCUCUUUUUGAUGAUCCCAUGUUUUGUGCUUCCUGGUUUCAGUAUAUGGGAAACGAACGAAGGACAUUUGACCUACAUGGCUUAUAUAUUGAAAUUUGUCUACCCGGUGAACUUGAUAAUGCAAACGUGUUCGAUCUACAUUAUGGUGAUGAUCACGAUGGAGAGGUGGACAGCCGUGUGCAGACCAUUACAGGUUCGAAUCUGGUGCACCCCGAAGAAGUCUCGCAUUGCGAUUUUGGUCAUCUUUCUCUGCUCGGUUGCCUAUAACGCCAUUCGAUUUUUCGAGUACUCGAUCAAAGAAAAUGAAACGGGAGUGAUCUACGAGCGAUAUCUGCGAGAUGAGAGAUGGUAUAUGUUGGGCUAUUUCACGGGCCUCUACCUAUUAACCCAUUUCCUCGUCCCGUUCUCAAUAUUGGCCGUGAUGAAUGGACAUGUGAUUGUGACAAUGUGGAGACAUCGAUCCCAGCGGCAAUUGCUCACAAGACAGCAACGCCGCGAACAAUCGACGACAAUCAUGUUGUUGGUUGUGACUGGGAUGUUCGCUUUUUGCAACACUCUACCGUUUUUGAUGAACUUGGUUGAGUGCGCCAUGCCGGAUCUCUUCAGUCAUCCCAGUACAGCCGGUUUAGCGUAUCAACUCAACGAUCUCACCAAUCUCCUCGUCGCUCUCAACUCUGGGACCACUUUUUUGGUCUACGCGAUUUUCUCCGAGAAAUACCGACAAACAAUCUGCUUCAUGCUAAAAAACGGGUGUUGUGCGACGGUGUCGGAUUUUAACGCCUACACGAAUAUGUCGAGAACGGCCUCUAUGAGAGUGACAUCAACAGGACACACACAAAAUGGACAUAAACUGUCGACAUGCAGUCGAUCAUCGGAAAUGUUGUUAAAGCCGACACAAAUCCCGACAAGAGCUGAAAGAAGCGUUUCCGAGUACAAUUCGAGAAUGAACGGGAAAUUGAGGAAACAGAAAUGUUCCCUUGAUGAGACAAGCCGUUUCUCGGGAAUUAUGAGGAAAAAGAUACACAAAUUCAGCAUGGGUGAUAGUAUGGUUCACAAUGCGGCAAUUCAAUCGGCAACACCGACUCCUGAAAUCACUAUCACUGUCACCGAAGAGGAAGAGCAAACUGAAGUCUCGCUUGCUCCGAAUGACGUC